UGGGGGGCGGGCGCGCGCAGGGGGCGGGGCAGAGGCGCUGCGAGGCGCGCACGGACCGGAGCGCAGCGCCGUCCGCUCUGCAGCGCCCCAACGGCAAUCAUGAGUGAUCGAAAGGCAGUGAUCAAAAAUGCGGACAUGUCAGAAGAGAUGCAGCAAGACUCGGUGGAGUGUGCAACUCAAGCCUUGGAGAAAUACAACAUUGAGAAGGACAUCGCUGCUCACAUAAAGAAGGAAUUUGACAAGAAAUACAAUCCCACGUGGCACUGCAUCGUGGGAAGGAAUUUUGGCAGCUACGUGACUCACGAGACCAAGCACUUCAUCUACUUCUACCUCGGCCAAGUCGCUAUUCUUCUUUUCAAGUCUGGCUAGAACCAUGGACUGUUACUGAAACUUGCACCUGGGUACAGGACUGCACACUGAUUCCCACCUUCAGCCUUCCUGGGGAAACACAUCUUGAUCUUCAGGUCUUUUGUUGUAUUGUUAAUGGUCAGGGAUUUUGCUGUAGCGGCUGGUAUUUUCAUUGUGGCUAUAUAGAAAAGCAAAAAUGUCUUCCUUGUAUUUAUUUUCUUUCAAAAGAUGGCUUCUUUGCUAAUAAAACCGUUGGAACAAGUUUA